UGUUUUCACGUAGAUGUGUGUGUGUGUGUGUAGGUGCGUGUGUGCGUGUGUGUGUGUGUGUGUGUAUGUGUGUGCGAAGGGAUUUUUUUCCACAUGUCGAAAAGGGCGUCCUUGUAGGCUGUUAUAUAUAACAGCAGCAUACUGCAGAGAGACUUCAUAUCAGCAGAGUGGGAGGAAGAAGGAAACACCAGAUGACAAUACAACUAGCUGUUGCAUGACCUGCAGGUCUCAAUGGACUGGGCCCUACUUGUAGUUUUGCAAAUCAUGCUUCAGCCAUCUCUCUCAGUGCUGUUCACUGUUGAAACAGAGAAAACCUGUACUGAAAAGUUUGGGAAAGAUACCUCCCCCGACACCGUUUUAAAAAUUUUGACUAAACACAUUCGGAAGGCUGCAGAAGGGGAUGAUGUGCUGCUAACCUGCCAGUCAGAGGGAUACCCCAGGGCUUCUGUUAUGUGGCAGGAUGGACACCAGCGGAAACUCAGUUCAAAUACCACUGCGAUCUUAACACCAGACCAGCUUUUUAAAGUCACCAGUGAGAUACGUGUCAGCUCAUCAGACAAAAACAACUACACGUGUAUCUUUGCAAACGAUGUCUGCUCUGCAACGUUUCAUAUUCCAGAUGAAAUACCUGUUCCUCGUGUAAAAAACGAUGCUCUCAUCAUCGUAUUGAGCAUAGGAGUGAUAAUGGUUGUCAUUAUCGUUGUUAUGCUGAUGUACCGACAACAAAAAGGUUCCAGGACUAAAAGUACCAGGAACCUUUUAGUCAACAGUCAAAGGUCUGUUCCUGCUGCUGCCUCAGGUCAACACAUAAAUAAAGACAACGAGGAAGUGAUAACUAUUUUAAAUGAAGGUUGCAUGGAGGAACAUCUGGGGGCGUUUCUGAAAGCCCAUUAUUCCGAUUCCUCCCUCAGCACAGAGGUGAGACGCCACUGUGACGCUUUCUGUGUGGAGGAGCUGCCUCACAAGCUCCAAAACAAUAAGGACCAGCCUGUGAAUCUUCAAGCUUUACUCCCAGAAGCUGGAGAGACACUUUUUCUUGAGGGACCUUCAGGAAGCGGGAAGACAACCGUAGCCCACAUCCUGGUCUCUUCUUGGACUGAGAUGCACACACAUGCCCUCUCUAACCUCCUCGAUCUCAGCACUCUUAGACUUCUCUUAUAUGUUGACUGCAGCAAAGUGAAGGAUGGAUUGUUUCCGGAAAUACUGAUUCAACUUUCUCUUACGGAACAGAUAUCAGGGGAUGAGCUGAGAGCUAUUUUAACCAGGUCCAGUGAGGCACUGCUGUUGUUGGAUGGGUACAGAGAAGGGAAGCACUUUUUUGAUAAGUCCUUGAGGAAGUUUCUAAUGGAAAAAAGAGGGUGCAGGGUGCUGGUCAUGGCCUGCCCCGGACACUGCCCCACACUCAAAGACACUGUUGGGACAGAAGGGGUUCUGCAGCUCCAAACACAAAGUAUGACAUAAUGAGAACAUUUUUGACCAACAAAGACAGACAUAACACUGGUUACAAACAUUUGUAUGCUGGGAAUAUGUUUUUACACAGACUGUGAGGUUGGAUUUUAUUAUAAGCCCAAAUAUUCUGCAAAGGUUGUUGAAAUUAAAGUGUUCACAUUAUGCUUUUUGGCUUUUCCCUUUCCUUUAAUGUGUUAUAUAUCUUUUUUGUGCGUGUUAUAGGUUUACAAAGUGAAAAGCACAAAGUCCACCCCAAAGGGACUUACCAUCUCCAACAGAAAACACUGUUCACAAACUGCUCCAAACAGCUCUGUUGUAGUCCAGCCUUUACUUGUGUGACAAACGUGCGUUACUUUGUAACACACUUUAUAAUGCUCGCAAAUGUGCUACCAUGGCACACCCUCAAACUGUUUCUGACUGGCUAGCAGUGUUUACCUAGGUACUGUGCAUGUGCAACUCCCAACAAAGAUGGAACAGAAGUGUGAUGCUUCACUCUGUAGCUAAAACGGAGAGCUCAGCACACGGGGUAAAAAGAGGAGCUGCAGCAAUGUGCAGUACAACAAAAAUAUGGUGUUUUUGAAAAUGAAGGAUAUAAACCUAUUCUGGUACAACCUCUAAAUACAAUUUUGAACCUCAAGAGGAGCAAAAUAUGAGCAUUUUACAUGUAAGAUAUGCUAAUAAAUUCUACUUUUAUAUCCAUUA